UGGCCUUGGGUGUGGGCCCUCCCGGGGUCCCGGGGUUGGAGCGGGGCUGGCCCCCUCACCCGUCUGCCUUCUCCCGGUGCCUGCAGGAUCCCUUUGUGGCGUUCCACAUCAACAAGGGCCUUGUGAGGAAGUACAUGAACUCUCUCCUGAUUGGAGAACUCUCUCCGGAGCAGCCCAGCUUUGAGCCCACCAAGAACAAAGAGCUGACCGAUGAGUUCCGGGAGCUGCGGGCCACCGUGGAGCAGAUGGGGCUCAUGAAGGCCAACCAUGUCUUCUUCCUGCUCUACCUGCUGCACAUCCUGCUGCUGGAUGUUGCUGCCUGGCUCACCCUUUGGGUCUUUGGGACAUCCUUCGUGCCGUUCGUCCUCUGCGCGGUGUUGCUCAGCACAGUUCAGGCCCAGGCUGGCUGGCUGCAGCACGACUUUGGGCACCUGUCAGUCUUCAGCACCUCAAGGUGGAACCACAUGCUCCACCACUUUGUGAUUGGCCACCUCAAGGGGGCACCAGCCAGUUGGUGGAACCACAUGCACUUCCAACACCACGCCAAGCCCAACUGCUUCCGCAAAGACCCAGACAUCAACAUGCAUCCCUUCUUCUUUGCCCUGGGGAAGAUCCUCUCCGUGGAG